CCCGGCGGCAAUCUUUUUCUGCGUGUGGUCGUUGGCGGGGGGCAAGUCAAAUACCCUAGACAGACCUGACCAAACCCUUUCGAACAAACGGUAUCAAAAGAUGGCGGCUUCAUCCUGUGUAUCAAACUACUUUUUGAGCCGCGAUUUGGGUCAUCCCAAUCUGGCGACCCUGUGCGCGUUCGUUGGUACACUCUACCUGUCCAAGCUUGCCAUUUCUUUUCUCUGCCUUUUGUACCGUCUUAUUCUCCGUCCCGCAACCAAUCUCCGGAAAUAUGGGGCCAAAAAGGGUGCUUGGGCCGUCGUUACGGGCGCGUCAGAUGGGAUUGGAAAAGAGUUUGCCCUUCAGUUGGGGAAAGCAGGUUUCAACGUGUUUUUGAUGGCCCGCACAAAAGCAAAGUUGGAUACGGUUGCCAAUGAAGCGAAAUCAAAGUAUGGAGUUGAUGCUGUUGUUUAUCCUUUUGAUUUUGCGGCGGCCGGAGAUGCAGAGUAUGAGGCCUUGCGGAAGCAGUUCCAAACCCUUGAGGAUGUGGGCGUGUUGGUCAACAAUGUUGCUGUGAAUCACGAGAUGCCUACUCCAUUUGCGCAAGAAAGCGAAGCAUUGCUUUCGGCUAUUGUGGAGGUGGAUGUUGCCGCUCAAGUGCGCUUGACAAGGAUGAUUCUCCCUGGAAUGACCACUCGUAAACGUGGUCUGAUUCUCAACGUUGGAUCCGUUGCCGGUCUCAUUCCGUCGGCCUAUCUUGCUACCUACUCUGGUGCCAAAGCGUUUUUGCGUACGUGGUCCCGCGCUCUCGCUGUAGAAUGCAGACCUCACAAUGUCCAUGUGGAGCAUGUGAAAACCUACUUUGUCACGACUGCCAUGAGUAAGAUCCGCAGAUCCACCAUCUUGGCACCCACCCCCCGCGAUUACGUUCGCAGCGUGCUACAGAGUGCGGGCAAGGAUACCGAUGCUGCCCCGUACCCAAGUCACGCUGUCUUGACCUGGGUUUUGGAGAAGCUGCCUGAAGGCCUUGCGAUUAAGAAGAGUGCGGAUAUGCACAUCGACAUUAGAAGGCGUGCCUUGAAAAAGAGGGAGCGGGAGGCUAAGAAAGCGUAAUUUUUUGUGUCAUUUACUUGGGAUGGGCAUUAUGAUUUGUGCAUUAUGACAUUUAUCGGACGUAAUAUAUACGGAAUCUAUCCUCUAAAAAUCCUGUAAUUUUUUCUCACGUAAACAUGAAUACCUCUUUUUGCCCA